UUGGAGCUGAUAUAUCCAUUCCCCUGCUUCUUGACAGCUAGCUAGCUACCUGCGUCCAAGGAGACGAAUGCCUGCGCUGCUGCUCUGCUCGCCGAGCUCAGCCAAGCCAAGGAGCUGCUCAAGGAGCUGGAGUUAAAUCUGCAUUGCCUUGACCACUGCAAGGCUCUAACUCCCAGGAUCGCUUCCUCCAUCCACAACUCAAUUCUCAUGGCAGAAUCCUUCGAAGCCAACAACGGCCACGAUAGGCCUCCGUGCUCCUCGUUAGCCCUGCGACGUCGCACCUUGACGCCCAGGACAAGGAAAUCUCUGUACUCGUGGAGGUGCCAAGUGAGGGUGGGCUCGGUGGCCGGCGGAGUGGAAGGUCCGGGGGAGGACGACGGCUUCACCUGGAGGAAGUACGGCCAGAAAGAGAUCCUCGGAGCCAAAUAUCCAAGGGCGUAUUUCCGGUGCGCUCAUCGGGGCUCGCACAGUUGCCCGGCAAAGAAGCAGGUGCAGCGAUCGGACAACGACCCAUCGGUCUACGACGUCACCUACCACGACUAUCACACUUGCCUCCAGCAGCUGGAGGAGGAGGAGGAGGAGGAGCAGGGAGGUGCAAAUGCAAUGCAGCGCGACCAAGAACAGAGUACUGCGGCGGCGGAAAAACUUGAAGGAGAGGAGGAAUUUGUGGGGAAGAUUGCGCCUUCCUUUGCGCCCCUGGAGGAAAAGCAGGUUUUCUCUGCUUCGCCGUACCAGUUCGGGGGCUUUGAUGAAGGAGAGAGCAGUUUGCUUCCGAUGGAGUUGGACGGAGACUGGGAGAUGGACCCUGACAGCAUCUAGGCAGGAGUUGACUGGAUGGAUGCAAUA